AUGAACGGUUUAUACAAAUAUCGGCUGCCGGCAGGGGCACAGACCUCAAACGAAAUCCCACGCCCACCACCCACCGCUACAACCAAUUCCAACCCAAGCUCCAACUGCUACCUCCCCGCAGAACUCCAAAUGAUGAUACUCGAAACCGCAGAUUGGAAGCUGCAACCAAUUCUCGCACAAGUCUGUCGUUUCUGGCGCAAUUUCAUCAAAACUUCCGCACAAAUCCGACUUAACAGAUAUUUCCCCGUCGAAGCUACAACCUACGGGUUCGACGGUAGUGCGGGAGAAGAAGAGUUCCCCAGACCUCGACCUUGGGUACAUAAGUCUUUGACCUAUCUCAGACAAUUCAUCGUGGAUAGUGCUGGUAUUCAAAAAUGUUCAUUUCGACCUUGCAAGAUUGAAGUUAUCGAACGGCGGUCUGGGUAUCAUCCUUCCUGCGGGGUUUGGCCGGAUAUGCAUUGGGGUAUGUUUAAGGAUGAUCCGGUUACUAUAUUUCCGGGAAGGGAUAGCGGCUCUUUAAAGCUUGCGGAAAGGGAGAUCGUGGUCUCUUUCGACUGUUGUGAAUUCUGUGAGAGUUUGGGGGAUAAACAGAAUCAAGUUGUACCCUUGGGACCGGUUGCUAAAGUGGCUAGUUACCUGAGCUUUGUCACCAAAGUGGUGGCUUAUGAGAUGUCGAAAUGCUUGCAAAAGAGGAAGAGGGGGAAGUGGGAUGAGGGGACUGUGGUUGAGUUCUGGAUGGGGAGGGAACCUAUUUUGGUGUUUAGUCCGAGAGGGUGUGAUACCGACACUUUGAGGUUGUGGUUUGAAGCUAAAGUGCGGGAAUGCAGGAUUGAUUGGUUUGCAUGA